CCGGUGGCCCGGGUUGGCCUCCUGGUCCCCCCGCCUGGCGGCGGAGUGCGGGCGGCCCGGGCUGGGAGGUUUGAAAAGCGGGCGAGAGACAAAGGCAGCAGGCAGCCCCCGCGGCGCCCGGAGCCCGUGCGCGCAGCCCGGGGCCCUCGGCGGCCCGGCGGCAGGAGGUGGAGAUGCGGCAGGGGGCGUGGGAGCGGCGGCGGCGGAGCGGCGCGGCCCGAGCGCGGCGCGAGUAGACCCCAGGCGGCGGUGGCGGCCCGGCCGGCUCGGGAGUGAGUGAGGGCGCCUUCCCCGCCCGGGAUGUGAGGACCGAGCGGAGCCCGGGGCGGGGGGAGGGAAGGGAAGGGAGGCGAGGCCGGCAGGAAGGAAGGACGGACGGACGGACCAGGAGGAGGAGCGGCGGCGGCGGCCGGAGCCGGAAGGCGGGGAGGGGCCGUCCGUUGGGCCCGAGGCGGCGGUCGGGGCGAACCGCUCUCGUCGCCUCCCGGGGCCGGAGCGGCGGGGCCGCGCCUCCUCCCCCCAGCGCCGCGGAGGGGGGAGGAGGAAGAUGGAGACCCACAUCUCGUGCUUGUUCCCGGAGCUGCUGGCCAUGAUCUUCGGCUACCUGGACGUCCGGGACAAGGGGCGCGCGGCGCAGGUGUGCACGGCCUGGCGGGACGCCGCCUACCACAAGUCGGUGUGGCGGGGGGUGGAGGCCAAGCUGCACCUGCGCCGGGCCAACCCGUCGCUGUUCCCCAGCCUGCAGGCCCGGGGCAUUCGCCGCGUGCAGAUCCUGAGCCUCCGCCGCAGCCUCAGCUACGUGAUCCAGGGCAUGGCCAACAUCGAGAGCCUCAACCUAAGCGGCUGCUACAACCUCACCGACAACGGGCUGGGCCACGCGUUUGUGCAGGAGAUCGGCUCCCUGCGUGCCCUCAACCUGAGCCUCUGCAAGCAGAUCACCGACAGCAGCUUGGGUCGCAUAGCGCAGUACCUCAAGGGCCUGGAGGUGCUGGAGCUGGGGGGUUGCAGCAACAUCACCAACACCGGCCUCCUGCUCAUCGCCUGGGGUCUGCAGCGCCUCAAGAGCCUUAAUCUCCGCAGUUGCCGCCACCUUUCCGACGUGGGCAUCGGGCAUCUGGCCGGCAUGACGCGCAGCGCGGCGGAGGGCUGCCUGGGCCUGGAGCAGCUCACGCUGCAGGACUGUCAGAAGCUCACUGAUCUUUCUCUGAAGCACAUCUCCCGGGGGCUGACGGGCCUGAGGCUCCUCAACCUUAGCUUUUGCGGGGGCAUCUCGGACGCAGGCCUCCUGCACCUGUCGCACAUGGGCAGCCUACGCAGCCUUAACCUGCGUUCCUGCGACAACAUCAGUGACACGGGCAUCAUGCAUCUGGCCAUGGGCAGCUUGCGCCUCUCGGGGCUGGAUGUGUCCUUCUGUGACAAGGUUGGGGACCAGAGUCUGGCCUACAUAGCCCAGGGCCUAGAUGGCCUCAAGUCCCUCUCUCUCUGCUCCUGCCACAUCAGUGACGAUGGCAUCAACCGCAUGGUGCGGCAGAUGCAUGGGCUGCGCACGCUCAAUAUCGGACAGUGUGUGCGCAUCACGGACAAGGGCCUGGAGCUGAUUGCUGAGCACCUGAGCCAGCUCACUGGCAUAGACCUGUAUGGCUGUACGCGAAUCACCAAGCGCGGCCUGGAGCGCAUCACGCAGCUGCCCUGCCUCAAAGUACUCAACCUGGGACUCUGGCAGAUGACGGACAGUGAGAAGGUCAGCAUCCCCGCCCACUACAUGCCCAUUCUCCUCAUUGUAUCUGGGGUUCCCCUGCUCCCCCUCCCAUACUCCCCUCUCUUUUUCCCAGAGGAUAGAGAGAUGGACUCAGCUACUUACCCACCCACUCCUCUCUGCGGGGGGAUGGAGGACUGACUGAGCUACUGUAUUCCCACUGCGAUGCAUUUGGAAAUGGGGGUGGGGGUGGGGAGUGACUAGUCCUUGCGACCCUGGGGAGCUGAGGAAAAUGUCUGCCUUCACUUAAAGCUUUCAUUUGAAUACUGUGAUCUGGUUUUUAUUUUGAAAUGUAUAAAAAAGCAAACGCAACUGCAACGGCCUUUUCACCUUCUUCCACUUUGUAACUAAUCCCAGUCUCUUCUCAUCACUGCUCCUUUUACAGUACUCUGCUAUUCACGAUCAUUUCAUUUUUAUUGUCUGUCUUUUCCUUUUUUUAUUUUUUGAAGAAAUUUGAAAUCAUGGUCCCUUUUUUCCGCUGAAUAUAUUCUAUAUAUUAUAUAUAUAUAAAUUAUAUAUAUAUAUAUAUAUAUAUAUAUAUAUGUCUGGCUACCUCGUUUUAGUUUACUUUUUUCUCUGAAGCCCUGGAAUUCUACAAGAGAGAUAUUUUGAGACUAAACAUUUUCGUGCCUAGACUGGAAAGAUGCCCAUUGGGUUUGUACGUCCUUUCUGUUUUGGCUUCUUCCCAAACCCCAUCCAUCCAGUGUGUCCCCUUUCCACAUUCUGGCUAUAAUUUUCUUUUUCUCCUUGUCUAUUGGGAUUUUAGGGCCCAACCCUGUUCCUAAAUCUUGACUUAAUUUAUAGCACAAAUGUGUGGGAGAAAUGAGUGGAACUGUUUUUUUUGUUUGUUUGAGAUGCAGAUUGUGUCUUGAAAAUGAUUAUUAUAUAUGCAAAUUCUGCCCUACCCUCACCCUCUUCUGAGUUUCCCCACAAAAAGGUCACACGGUGAGGCUUCCUGUUGGAAGCACAGGAGCAGAGUUGGCCUUCAGAGCCCCUGGGGCUGUGAUGUGAAGGGGAGGAGACUGAAAUUCUCGUCUUAUCUCUUGUUCUGUUAAUAAAAUGGGAGUUUGUGGGUUUUAAAAAAUUCUGUUUCUAAAUGGAGGAAUAGGUGACUUUAUUUUGGUGGGGGUUGGGACUUGUGGCUUUAAAAAAAUCGCUUUUGAGUAGGAUGUAUAUUUUUGUUGGAUUUUUUGUUUAUUUUUUUAGAAUCCUCCACAGCAACAUGAGAGAUCAUGGAGUUAAAGAAACCCAGAGACCUUUAUCAAUUAAUUGUACUGUUUGUGAAUUUGUAUAAAUAAUAACAAAGAUCCUCUUAAAACGUUUAUAUUCUUACAGUAAAAGGUUAAACUGAUAUUUAUAUAAUAAAAGAGGAAAUAUGAAGUAUGUUUUUGAAAAAAAAAAAACAAAACACCUUGUAUCUGUGAAUUAUUUUUAAGGCAGUGUGUGUUUGGGUACGUGCCAGAGUAGGAGGUGCUGUUCGUGUACUCUACAGUGAAGGGAAAUAAGGUACAGAGUUUGGUGCAUCCUACGUGGUCUGAGUAAGCUCGUGGUUCAAAAUUUAUUCUGUAUAAGGUUUACUACUGACAUCUAAAUGUUUUGUUUCUAGAAAUGUGAUUAGACUGGAGAUUUAUAUAAUUUUUGGUUUUAAACUGUCAACAAUAUGGAAAUUUUAAAAAAUUGAACAAAAUGAAACUUUUUAAAAAACCA